UUCAACAUCUGAAUUUUGCAUCAGAGGAUUUACAGAAGAUAGCAAACACCACUCAGAGCUCUGAUAUCCUCGAGGAAUUUUUUUUGCGUGAUGGAGAAAACCAUCGUUUUUACACGCAUUCCAGAUUAGAGCCACAAUUCGACUGAAAACUACAAUUCUUAGCCUCUCACUGAUACGAGUUUUGAAGAAUGUCUUCGGAGACUUCUCAGUCACGGAACACACUGACUAGUGUGAUGAGUGAUGGUUCGAUAGAAGAAUACUGGGUUACUAAUACUUCAAAUGGGACAGAGCAAUGGACCUUAGCUCCUCUUCCAGAUCACUUCAGGAAGGUUCCAUGGCCUCAGCUUACUGUAAUGAUUGUCGUAUUGGUCUUUGGAGUGGUAGCUAAUCUGUCCAUCAUCUUCAUUGUCCUCAAGAAUAAACGUUUGCGAUCAACACCGAACAUCAUCGUGGUCAACCUCACCGUUGGUGACUUACUCUGUCUUGUGGUCAAUCUGCCUCUUAUCAUUGACUACCACUUCCGAUAUGAGAGGAAUUGGGUAUUUGGUCAGUUCAUGUGCAAGUUUGCCCACAGCAGUAUGGUAGCCAGUGGGUGUAUCACUGUGUAUUCGCUGAUGGCUUUAGCCAUUGAGCGAUAUCUGGCCAUUGCCUGGCCUUGGCGUAACCGCGAUAGUAGCCGAUGCGUCAAGAUGUCUCGAAACUGUUUCCUGGGUCCGACCUGGCAGAUUGUCCUGAUGAUUUGGGUUGGAGCAUUCCUCGUGGGAGCUCCUAUUUGGUACACAGCACAGGUGUAUGUCUACUACGAUGACGUGAACGUGUGUAUGUUUAUCAACCAUGGUCAGCCGGUCGCACAGGUUUACAAAGUAUUUCGUCUCUUGGUUGCUUUCCUCAUCCCUCUGGCUGUGAUAAUCGGCGCCCAUACGUUGACUGCUUAUGCCCUGAUCAAGAGUGUCCGAGAGCCAGUCUUUGGUGGAAACCCACAGGUUUCUCCAACCAACCGCCAGACCCCACGCGUACGAUCACGAGUAAAGCUAGCUAUCGUCAUCACGGUUCUAUCUGCGAUGUUCUUCAUCGCUUGGUCGCCCUUCUAUCUCUUCAGCAUCUGGUUCCAAUUCUAUUACAGUGAGAUAUUCGAGACCUACGCCAUGCUGGAAUUUUUCCGCUGGAAAGAUGUCCCAAUCUACAUGCUGAGUUGCUUAAACCCCGUUGCACUUUACAUUCUCAGUACGCGGUUCAGACACCAGUUGUUCAAUGAUAUCUUCUGUUGCUUUGGGGAUCGAAGAUUUGCUUGGAAGCCAUCAGAGACAUUUAGCUCAUUGAAGGGAUCCUUCUUUACUGCCAGCACCUUCAGAAGCCGGUCACACUUUAACAGGAGAUCCUCAUCAUGCCGCUACGAUCAGGGGACACCAGUAGCAGCAUCUUCUGAAGAACUUUAAGACUGUAAAAUAGACUUAGGCCCGGUCAACGUCAGAGAUCCUCAGUUCUUCUGUAAGUUUACCAUUAACUGACACCUCGUCAGUUAUGCUAAAUUACCAACCUUUAUGACAUAGCGGAGAGCAAUUUUUCAUCGAGCUUGUUUUCAAAACAGGUUAAAAGCUACGGAAAUUGUAUAGUUUGAUUGGCUGAAAACAAAUAGAAUUCAAAGAUUCGUUACCAAUAGCAACAGUUCAUCUACCUAACUUAUUUAGAACAAUGUAACCAAGCAUGAAUGUCAAGCGAUAUCAUUUUUAGCAAUUGUUCAGGGACCCAAUAGGAAUAUAGCAUAUUUAAAAUGGUUGACAUUUUGUAAAA